GAGCAAUUCCUUUCCCAAUAUUCCAUUGAACAGUACACUAAUUUGUUUUCUCGAAUUCCAACCAUUCCCUUCAAGAAUACAUCCAUAUCUCUGCACCUCUUAUUACAACCAUUUUCCAAAUUGCAAAGCUAAUAUAGCAAAAGGGGACCCCCAUCCCAACCCCACCCCACCCCUUAAUUCUUUGUUCCCAAAGUCCAAACAAAACAUUUAACUCUUUGAAGAAAUUAAAGGCGUUUGAACAUCUGCAUCCUUAAAUACAGUUCCCUCUUUACACAAACCUUUUAAAGCAAUACCUUUCCUUUGCAGAUUCAGACCCCAAGAAUAACAAAAGCCUGAGUUUGAAGUUAUUUACCUUUCUUGUAUUAUUUAUGUUGACUAGAGCUUACUAAUAGUCUCUGCUAUUCAUCUCCUCGUUCAUCUGCACAUUUCUACUUUUGUUUCUUUAUCAAAUCCCUAUCCUUUUUAUAGGUUUUCUUUAGCAAAAAGCCUAUUCUGAACCCCUCCUCUUCUUUUGCUCCCUCCCUCUCUCUCUCUCUCUCUCUUUUUAUACACAACAUGCAAAUCAUAAGGCACUCAUGAGAUAAUCACAACUCAAAAAAACCUUUUUCCCUUCCUGUUUAACAGUUCAUUUCUCUCUUUUCAAGACCCCUUUUCAAAAGAACGUUCUUUUUCAGCUCAAAACCUAUGAGGGACACAAUAAGUUCAAGUAUGCCUGAUCUUUCUUUACAGAUUAGCUUACCCUCAAAUAUUUCAAAGUGUGAUAAUCAUUGUUUUUCGACGGAGUCCGGUAGCAGCGGCGGAAGCGAUUUGAGCCACGAAAAUAAUGGAAUUUUUCGCCCACAAAAAGCUUUUAAUAAUCUUCCUUUACUUACAUCUUUUGAGCCGACCCUAAGUCUAGGGUUUGGGCAACUACCAAAUAGAAACCUUCAAUAUCAUCAUCAGCAUCAGCAUCACCAGCAAUAUCAACCUCAAAUAUACGGCCGCGAUUUCAAGAGAAGUUCAAGAAUGAUAAGUGGGGUGAAAAGAAGCGUUAGAGCUCCUAGAAUGAGAUGGACUUCAACUCUUCAUGCUCAUUUUGUUCAUGCUGUUCAGCUUCUAGGCGGACAUGAACGAGCAACACCAAAAUCGGUGCUAGAGUUGAUGAAUGUGAAGGAUCUAACAUUAGCUCAUGUGAAAAGUCACUUACAGAUGUAUAGAACAGUGAAGAGCACUGACAAAACAACAGCUAAAGGGAUGACAGAGAUAUUUGUGAAUCCAAACAGAGGGAAUACUAUUGGUGAAUAUGAAAAAUCUUGUGAGGAGAUUGAUACCAUGACUGACCCUUCAGUAUCACUAUCAAACACCAUACCACAAAAUGCUCAUAUCAGCAGAGUUCCGUCUUCAUUCAUGCCUGAGACAAAUGCAUGGAGCCACUCAGAUAGAGAAAGAGCAUUUCCUUAUCCUCACAUCUAUUCAAAUAUGGAUGCAGCUGAUAACUCAUCUUCUUCUGAUACAUUGGUUAAUCUUGAAUUUACACUUGGAAGACCAAGCUUGAAUAUGGGACAUGCUGGAUCCUCAAAUGAUUCGACUCUUCUCAAGUGCUAAAACAAUGAGAUGUAGAGUUAAAUUAAUUAAGUUGACGUAGUAAUCAGUUAUAGUUUUUCUAUGUGACUGCAAUUAAUUAAGAAAAUCUGUAGACUGCAGGAAUAUGGUUCAAUUUUGUCUUGACCACGGAAAAGGGGGAAAAGCUUUUAGUGGAUUUUGCUAAUCAUUUGAGGGUUAGGUGACAAAUUUGAUGUGUCUAAUGAUUUCCUUCCACUGAGUGUAACAUUAUUUCUAGAAGAUUUUCUAUGAUGGGAUAGACUCUGCUAACUAUUUUCCGGGUCCACAAUAAAUAACCAA